AUGGACAAUUUCCACUUUAAUAGCUGCCUCGGCAAGAUUUGUGGAGCUGAUGAAGGCCAUGGAGGACAAAAUGGAGUCUCCGGCGACGCGUUGGAGAGGUCUAGAGUGCCGGCUCUGAAGAUGAAACUGUGGUAUGUGUCGGAGUUGGAGCUGCCGGAGACGGGGAAGGUGAUGGAGGGAGCGACGUUGGUUUCGAUACGGCCGGUGGAGGGGUGGGAGGCGGCGGAGAGUGGUGGUGACAGGGUGCUGGAGGCGUUAGAUUUGGAUAGGUGGGUUGAGGAAGCAAGGGGGUUUGGUGAAGCUGCUAGGAUCAUGGUGAAGAGGAAGAAGACUUGCACAUUAGAAAUGAGUUCAUUUUGA